CUUUCAUUUCAUUCUUUCAAGUCCCAUGCAAUAUAAGACAUUUUUAUCCUUAAAUUCUCGUCUUAAAAAUCUUUGAAGUUGCCAUUUUGUGUAACAAAUUAUCCCAAAACAAUUUUCAUCCUCUUUCUCUCUUGUGUACUUGAAUUAGGAAGGAAUUGAAUAAAGAGCUGCGUAUUUGUAAAAACCUCAAAGGAACCUCUCUAAGUACUCAACCACCAUUAAAGGUUAAGAAAACACCUUGUUGGUCAUUGGAAGGAUUAAAUUGGUAGCCAGUGUUAUUGUGAUUGAAGAUAGAGAAAGAGGGGGAUGUCAUUUGGAUUUGGGAAGAAUUCGGGGCCUACAGCUCCUCCAAGUGGGCAAACCUCUUUCGGCAAUUUUCCUCAACCUCCUUCCCCAGCUCCCUCUGUUUCUCCUUUUCCAGAUCCUAAUUUGUCCGCUGGUCCCCGGUUUCUGAGUCCCAGGACCUUUGAUGGCCAUGCGAGAGUACGGUCGCCAACUUCCUUCGUCAAUGACCGUCUUGUAACUGGUCCUGUACAAUAUGCUGCACCAAACAACGCCUUUGAUUAUCCUACAAGAGCGCGAUCACCCCCUUCUGGGGUUACUGACCGUCAAGUAACAAGUUCAUCUCAACAAUAUGAUUCACCAAUCAGGCAUGAUAAGCGAAAUUCAGUACCUGGAGAAUUUGUUGGUCAAAAUCAUAAGAGACCCUUUCCGUCUACUUUACAAGAUUGUGCAACUAACAUACCUUCUAAUUUUCCGCAAUUUCAAAACCCGGAAAGGUCUAGAUCACCUCCUAUUCAGUACAAUGAUGAUUUUCUGCUGGAUCCGGUUGGUGAUUCAAUGGCAGGCAAUGCAGAUGUUGCCUCUAACCUUCAUGGUCAUGUAGCUACACAGAGAAGACAGCCAACUUCUUCAGCUGCUGUCAAUAAUCAUUUUCUCACCAACCCCCAACCUUCUCGGAGCAAAUCUCAAAGGUCCUCUUUAUCUCCUCCAAAGAUGAGGAGUGGGAAAACUGGUGUCGGAAUGCCUGAUUCACAAUAUAGCCUCAAAGUAUCUCCGUCUGAUGAUCAGAUGAAUGGUAGCACUUAUAUGAACAGACAUUUUAGCCACUCUGUUCCAAAGCGAACUAGAUCAUCUACUUUUGCUGAUGGUCAAACCAUCCAGUCAAACUCAAUUUCUAUUGAAGAUGACUCUGUUAGAGAACAACAAGCCAAGGCAAGGCGAUUAGCUCGCUUUAAGACUGAACUAGUUGAAAGUGGACCGGACAAUUCAAUCCAAUAUAGUCAAAAUAUUUCUAAAGGAAGGGUUUCUUCUAUGAAAAUUGAUGGUACAUCUAUGGAGAAAACAAAUGUUUCAGGGGAUUUUUCUUCAGGAUCAAUGGAGGACCUGGAUCUUGAUAAUGAAAACUCGCAAUCGACUAGUAUUAUUGUGGGGCUGUGUACUGAUAUGUGUCCAGAGUCAGAGAGAGGAGAACGAGAAAGGAAGGGAGAUCUUGACCAGUACGAGAGGUUAGAUGGGGACAGAAAUCAAACUAGCAGGACACUUGCUGUUAAGAAGUAUAACAGGACUGCUGAAAGGGAAGCAGAAUUAAUUCGGCCGAUGCCAAUCUUGCAAAAGACAAUGGAUUAUCUUCUUGGUUUGCUUGACCACCCUUAUGAUGAUAAGUUCCUUAGAUUGUAUAAUUUUUUGUGGGAUAGAAUGCGGGCAAUACGAAUGGACCUGAGAAUGCAGCACAUUUUUAAUGACAAGGCUAUAACUAUGCUGGAACAAAUGAUAAGGCUUCACAUAUUAGCUAUGCAUGAAUUGUGUGAAUUUUCAAAGGGAGAGGGAUUUUCCGAAGGAUUUGAUGCUCACCUCAAUAUUGAACAGAUGAACAAAACAUCUGUAGAAUUGUUUCAGCUGUAUGAUGAUCAUAGGAAGAGAGGAAUCUUUAUUCCUACAGAAAAGGAAUUCCGUGGCUAUUAUGCCCUUCUUAAGCUGGACAAACAUCCGGGUUACAAAGUAGAACCUGCAGAGCUCUCACUUGAUCUAGCUCAAAUGACACCUGAGAUAAGGCAAACACUAGAAGUUCUAUUUGCCCGUGAUGUUGCAAGAUCUUGUAGAACUGUCAAUUUUAUUGCUUUCUUCCGGCACGCAAGGAAUGCCAGCUAUCUCCAAGCAUGUCUAAUGCAUGCCCACUUCUCAAAGUUGAGGACACAAGCACUUGCUGCUCUACACUCUGGUCUUCUAUAUAAUCAAGGGGUCCCUGUGGCGCGUGUUUCCAAGUGGCUUGGCAUGGAGGAUGAGGACAUUGAGAGCCUUCUGGAGUAUCAUGGAUUCUCAAUAAAGGAAUUUGAAGAGCCGUAUAUGGUUAAAGAAGGUCCAUUUCUGAAUGAUGAAAAGGAUUAUCCCACUCGAUGUUCGAUACUUGUUUGCAGAAAGAAAUCUGAUACCAUCUUGAAGGAUGUAUUAUCUUCACAUCAAGUGAUAAUAUCGCCACCCAAGCCUAGUAAGGAGCUUUCAUCAACUGAGAAUAGAAAGAUUAAGCAUACAGCAGUGCAAAAAAUGAGUCCUGUUUCUGAUGAUGGACUCAUGGACAUUGAAUCCGAGUCAUCACUAAAACGUAGCAUGCAAGUUCCACUAAUUCUUGAAAGACGUAGUACACACAUCCCAUUAGUUCUCGAAUCACCAAAAAGCAUGCAAGUUCAAGUAGAUAUUGGAGAAUCUAAAUUUGGUCAACCUUUCGUAGAUAACCAUCACCGGACUUCUUCAGGUUCUCCAAAAGAUAACGUAAAGAAUUUCGCAAGCUUUGACAAUCGGAGCAUGUUUAACCAACCUUCUCCAGUUUCACCCAAGGAUUCUCCACGGAAUUUUUCUGUACAACAAUUUGUUCCUGCUGCCAAGUCAUCCAGUUUUGGAUUAGCUAGGCAUAAUAGCUUGAAAGGACCUGUUGCAAGUUCUCCAGAUAUUGUUGCACAGUCUGAGUUGAAGUUUUUACAACCAGUAGCGGUUUCUGCAAAUGUUGGAAAACUGUCAACUGCUUUUGAAGCUGAGCCUAGUGUCGUGAGUUUAAAACAAGAUGAUGUUUCCAUAGAGGAAUUGCCGACAGAAGAGUUUAGUAAUGUUCAAGAGAAAGUUGAUGAUGUUGCUGAUAACCAUGAUAAGGAAGUUUCUGAGGCUAAGCUUAGGCUGUUGCUAAGGCUAUGGAGGAGGCGCUUUCUAAGGAAGAAGUAUAUCCGUGAACAAAAUAGAAUUUCUGCAAAUGCUGCUCUAAGUUCACUUAAUCUUGGGCCACCUAUUCGGCAGUGCCAAGAGAAACCUACAAUGUUCCCAAAGCUGAAUAUUGAUCAAGCUAUGAACAAAAGAUACAAAAAGCGCCAGUUAUCAUUGGCUAGAUGGAACGUCUCAGAAGUUGUGUCAAGUAAUCUGGCUAAAAAAAAUGAAAACUCAAACUGCAUAUGUUGGAAGGUAAUUACGUUUUCUUGGUUGCAACAUGGUAGAAGUGAUUUGGAAGCAAGAGGUUCUGCAUCAUGUUUAUCUCUGGAAGAAUGGUUACAUUAUAAGCUUAUUCCAGUUAGAAAAGAGGAAGCAGAGGAUGAUUUGGUCGUUUCUGCUCCAGGCUUAUCGGUUUGGAGAAAGUGGGCUUCUGAUCAUUCAGGUCACUUGAGGUGCUGCUUUUCUGUAAUCAAAGAUUUACAGCCAGGAAAUUUCGAGAAGCUAGAUGGAGUUGAUGCUCUCCUGUUUCCUAUAUCAGAGACCCUCUCGUGGGAUACUCAAAAGGGCCAGCUAGAAAAUCUUGUGGCAUUGUUACCUGUUGAUGCUGGCAUUCCUCUUUUGAUCGUAAGUAAUGUCGAAAAAAGCUCUGCUAAAUUUUCCUGCAGCAUUGUUGAUAAACUUGGUCUUAAGGACCUCAACAAGUCUCGUAUCAGCAGAUUUAUUGUAAUUUACCUAAAUGAGGAGGAUAAUGUGAAGUUUAGUGGAUAUUUUAGUGAUCAAAAGUUGAAGGAAGGGCUAAGGUGGUUGGCUUCUGAAUCACGUUCACAACCUGUACCUUCUUGUUUGACAACACGCGAGUUGGUUUCCUUUCAUUUGAAUUCAUGUUUGGAGGCGCUGCAUCUCAUGGGUGAUAAAGUAGGACCAUACCAGUGUAUUUCAGCCUUUAAUCAAGCUUUGGAUCAAUCUAUAAAUAAUAUUGUAACUGCUGCUAACAUGAAUCCAACUGGCUGGCCUUGUCCUGAAGUAUUUUUGUUGGAUGACUCCACUGUUGAGUUCAGGGUCGUCAAGCAGUUCUUGCCAUCUUUAGGAUGGAGCUCACCUGAAGUAGUGGGUCCCUUAAUAUCUUCUUUAAGAGAUUGCAAACUUCCUUCGUUUUCUGACGACAUGUCAUGGAUGAGCCGAGGCUGCUGUACUGAAAAGGAUAUCGAAGAUCAAAAACAGCUUCUUCAGGAUUGUUUGAUCAAAUAUUUGACUAAAUCAAGCAGCGUGUUGAACUUGAUGAUGGCAACAAACGAAAGUUGUUUGAUGGUGCAAAAAUACACGAUGCUUGAGCUUCAUGAUACACAAUACAAGGUGGUUCCAAGUUGGGUGCCCAUUUUCCGGCGAGUGUUUAACUGGCAUUUAAAUAGCUGUUCAAGCUUCUCCUGUAAAGCUUAUGUUCUAGAACAUACCCUCAUAACUCGUAGUUCUCCCAUCAUCAAUAAGUUGGAAUUUGAAGCCCCGAAACAUCACUACAUUGCUCAUCCUUCAUUGGACGAGUUGGUUGAGGUUAGUCGCAGCCCUAAUAGUUCGAAAAGAGUAAGGUCAUCGCCAAAAGGUUUUCAGAGAGCGAGUGCAAUAGCAUUUGAUGAGAAUACCUUUGAAAUCACCAUGCCCAAUUUUGUUUCGGAGGAGAGCAAUCAGUUACCGGAAACUGAAGUUGUCGAGAACUGUGACAUCCAAGCGAGGAACAACGGUUUGCUGUUGGUUCCUGAAAAUAAAAAGACAGCUGAUAGGCUUAGCCAACUGUUAGAUCAGUGUAGUAUUUUGCAAGACGAGAUUGAGAAAAAGCUGUCAUUUUACUUCUGAUGCUGUGUUGUAUUAUGAUUCCUGGACCAUUCUAUAUUUGUAAUUUUACGACAUUUUCCAAGGAAAAAUGGGGGCUUUUUUGUAGCUUCACAAGUUUUUCAGUGUAAAGGAAGCUGUAGAUAAAUGAAAUGUCAUAAUAAAAUACUAUAAAUUACAUUAAGGAAGAGAAAUUUAAUUGGUAAAAUGGUUUAAUCUGUCUUUAAACAAUGGUCCAAUCCAAUUUGUAUCUUUUUACAAAAUAUGGUUCAUCCUAUCAAUAAAU